AUGACUACCAAGCAAAUUGAAGAUCUAAUUCUACUUAGAAUUGGAUGGUGGAUAAAAGGCUGGAAUCUAGAAUUCCCCUACUCCCCUGAUGAAAUUGUUCGGACCCCUCAAUGUCUUCGUUGGUCUAAUCUGACCCCUGGCACCUUACCUGCCAUCCCAGACCCAUCUGCUUCUUUGUGGAUUCCUCCACCAUCUCAUUGCAUUAAAUGGAAUGUGGAUGCUUCAUUGCACCCAAUUCUAAUCAGAUCAUCAAUAGGUGGAGUUCUUAGGGACUCGGAAGGGAAAUUCCUGUGUAUAUUCUCAUCACCUAUACCACAUAUGGAGAUUAAUAUGGCUGAAGUCUUUGCAAUUCAUAAAGCAUUGAAGAUAGUACAAGGCAGCACAAGGUUGCAAGGGAGAAAAAUAAUCAUUGAAUCUGAUUCAAAAAAUGUUGUUGGUUGGUGCUGCGCACGAUCUGGUGGGCCGUGGAAUAUCCAGUUCAUUCUCAAUUUUAUCCGCAACAUUUCAUCAACUGGGCUUCAAGUUGAAAUCUGUCACAAAGGGAGAGCUUCCAACAGUGUAGCAGACGGGCUUGCAAAAAGGGGUCUAUCAAGAGAAGACGAUUUCAUUGCAUGGCUGUAA